GCUUCCUUUUCUUAUUCGGGAACUCGGAAGAUGGUUUGGUUAUUGCACCUCGGUCCUAAGCAGCUUUUGCUGUACAGUAGCAACCAACCGUUUCGUAUUUUCCGAGCGUACACGCAGAAUGAGAAAUCGGCAGUGGUGAAAAUAAAAUCUAAUCACGACUCCUCUUGCCAAGCAUUCACCGUAAAAGUAGAUGCUUCGGAGGCCCUGAGGAGCAUUACGUUGCAGGAUGCAUGCUUUGAGAACUUGAGUCCUCACACUGUAAUAUUCGAGUGUUACUUUAGAAGUGAUGAAAAUGCCGCUGUCGAGCCACCAGAUGCUGCCUCUGAGAAAUCAGAUUAAUAUGAAUAGUAUCCAACUGCUCUCAACUGCUCUCUGAACAAAGAAUGUCUUCCAGGAUGGAUUACUUAAUGCUAAUUACAUAU